CCGGAGUCAGAGCAGGGCACACGGCGCAGCCCGAAGAGGAAGCCAACCCGCUUCGCUUCCACACGUGACGCCCCGGGGCGGGUCUCUCCCAGCCGUGUGUUCCGGUUGCGGAUUUAAGGCGAGCGGGGCUGCCGGCGGGUUUCCCUUUCGCUGCUUCGGGCCCCGAGCGUCUUUGCGCGCAGCCAUGGCGCGAUCGGCGCUGCCCUUGGCCGCUCUGCUGCUGCUGCUGCUCCGCCAGAGCUGGGCCGACACGCCGGCCAACUGCACCUUCGAAGACCUGGAGGGCACCUGGGUGUUCCAGGUGGGCAGGGGCCAAGGCGAGCGCAACAACCGGCUCAACUGCACGCAAGUCGGGCCCAUAGAGAAAAAAGUUGUGGUUCACCUGCAGAAGCUGGACGUGGCUCAAGACGAUGAAGGGAACAGCGGCUUCUUCACGAUAAUUUACAAUCAAGGCUUCGAGGUUGUGUUGAACAACUACAAGUGGUUUGCGUUUUUUAAGUAUGUAUUAGGUAAAGAGAAUGUAACUUCUUACUGCAAUGAGACUAUGCCAGGAUGGGUGCACGAUGUGUUGGGUCAUAACUGGGCAUGUUUCACUGGACAGAAGGUCUCCCCUCCAUCUCCUGGUGUUCGUGUAGAUCCACUGCCGGUUUGGCAAACCUAUGGAAGUUCUAUGAAAAGGCCCUACGUCUCCAGCAUUGACUUUGUGAAGGCAAUCAAUGCGGUUCAGAAAUCCUGGCGAGCCACAACCUACCGAGAAUAUGGGGCACUCACCUUGGAAGACUUCCAUCGGCGAGCUGGAGGGCUGAAGUCCAGAAUACCAAAUAGGCCGAAGACUGCCCCACUGACCGCAGAAGUGAUCAAAGCAGCUGCCUCUCUGCCUGCCUCCUGGGACUGGAGAGAUGUAAAUGGUGUGAACUACAUCAGUCCUGUCAGAGACCAAGGGCCCUGUGGAAGCUGCUACGCCUUUGCUACUAUGGGCAUGAUGGAAGCCAGGAUUCGCAUCCUCUCCAACAAUACGCAGACUCCAGUUCUAAGUCCCCAGCAAAUUGUUUCCUGCACCGAGUAUGCUCAAGGCUGUAUGGGAGGCUUCCCUUACCUCGUCGGGAAAUACGCUCAAGAUUUUGGCGUGGCUGAGGAGUCGUGCUUGCCUUACACAGGCGUUGAUUCCCCCUGCUCUCUUAAGAAGGACUGUUACCACUACUACACCUCCGACUACCACUAUGUUGGAGGAUUCUAUGGCGGAUGCAAUGAAGCGCUAAUGAAACUUGAACUUGUUAAAAACGGGCCGAUGGCUGUCUGCUUUCAGGUGUUUCCAGACUUCCCUAAUUACAGAGGGGGGAUCUACCACCACACGGGGCUGAUGGAUCCUUUCAACCCCUUUGAAAUGGCUGAUCACGCUGUCCUCCUUGUGGGUUACGGCAGUGAUCCGCAUACUGGCGAGAAGUUCUGGAUAGUGAAGAACAGCUGGAGUGACUCCUGGGGUGAAGAUGGCUACUUCCGGAUCCGUAGAGGCUCUGACGAAUGCGCUAUAGAGAGCAUAGCUGUGGCUACUUCUCCUAUAACCCACGUGUAAUGGUGGUAGAGUUUUAGACGAUGCCCUCCCAGCAACAGUACAUCCCUACCCUACCAAGCAUCAUGAGAAAUUAUGGAGAAUUUUAUUGCCUUACGGCCUCUAAGAAUGAGCCUUAAUAAAAAGCAGUCAGAGAAGAUAGAAUAUGGCUUGCAUCUCUGGAAAGGAUGCACGAAUGCAGUGCUUCUGUUGAAGGGCUAGUGCGGUGUAGUAGGUAAAGCAAUGAGGUUGUUCAAGGCAGGCCUGAGUUGACAGCAGCUGCUCUACAGUGAAGCUUACUCAAAGUCCUUGGCCACUUGCAGUAGCUCAGUUCAAACAUCACACUAAGCCAUAGAUAAAGAAGCUUAACACCAUCUUGUUCUGUAGUAGCCAGCAAGCCAGAAUUGGAGAAGCCUGGGUUUGAAAUGGGUUUUGCAAAUCAUUCUUUAUGCCAACUGUGUUUUGUAGUGCUUUGAUACACUACAGUUGUCUGCAUGGCUCUGCCUCCACAUUCUCCCAGAACAGGCAUGCAAUGCCAAUGAACAACAGACGCAAGGAAGCGGCACCUUGCUUCGGAAUUUUAGAAUCUCAAACCAUAGUUCGGUGUAAUGAUUGAAGACUGUGGUGCCCACCUUCCACAUGCGACAGAAUCCAGCGCAUUCACUUCACUGUACCACUGCAGGCAGGAAUUGGUGCUGUUUUGUGAUGAAGUGCCAUGAAUGUAGAAAAAUAGCUAUUCAGGGAGAGAGCUUAGGUCUAUUUGCCCUGACAUACUAGCUACUCUGUGUGUAAGAAGGUUUGGCAGAGGGUGGAAGAAGAAUUCAAAUGUGUCUCUUUCCACUCACAGUCUAAAAGUGGUACAGGCCUCCCAAAAAUCUUUCAUUGCAGCAGAAUUAUUCUUCAUUUUCUGAUUGCUGAAGGAAAUCAGUCUUAAAAAUAGUUACAGAUUUUAAAAGUUAAUCACUGUGCCUUACGGGGGGGAAAUGAAGAAAUCACUGCCUGGAAACGGCAUGUAUUGGAAAUGUACUUUGCACACAAUGAAUGUACUUUUAUUUUUUUUUAAAAAGGGAAACUCAAAUCUUUUAUGUUCAACAAAAUGCCUGGAAUGCAGCUUCUCUGAACUUCAAUGCUCAAGGAGUUUCAAUUUUUUUUUUAAAAAAAAAUGAUGCUCUCUUAUUUUAUUGGUUAUAAUUUUGAAAUUAAAAAACAACAACAAUCCAGUUCUUUCACUGUG